UUUGUCUUUGCUACCUCAUCAUCUCUUGCCAGAAUUGUUCCUUGAUUCCCAAGCAAGAGAAACUCAUUGAUACCAAGUGCUUCUUUGCAUCCUCCUUACGAUUGCGUCACGUAUUGCCCUUACUUUUCGUUCACUAUACCGAGCACAGUCGACCAAGAAACCUGACGGCCAACUGCUACUGCUACCCCUCAUAACCACAAAACCGAGACACCUUCACUCCUUAAUAACCCGUCGACACAUCAAAAAUGGCUCCUAGUGCAGUUCCCUCAGAGCCCGUGGCUCAGGGCAUCGUGGCCGCCAAAUCUCUUAAUGGUCCCAACAGCCAGUUCCAACUCACCGAGUCCGAGAAGAAGGAGGUCGAUUUCGUUCUCCGCACAUUCCGCUGUCUCAUUGCCGAUUUAUGUGAGCAAUUCAAGGGUGGCCACCCGGGCGGUGCCAUGGGCAUGGCAGCCAUCGGCACAUCUCUCUGGAAGUACGCCAUGAAGUACUCGCCCAAGAACCCAAACUACUUCAACAGGGACCGUUUCGUCUUGUCCAACGGCCACACCUGUCUGUUCCAGUACAGCUUCCUGCACUUGACCGGCUACAAGAACAUGACUAUGGAACAGCUCAAGUCAUACCACUCCGCCCGCACCGACUCCAUCUGCCCCGGCCACCCCGAGAUCGAGCAUGAGGGUAUCGAGGUGACGACCGGCCCGCUGGGCCAGGGCAUCGCCAAUGCUGUUGGUCUGGCUGUUGCUACCAAGCACCUCGCCGCUACCUACAACCGUCCCAACUUCCCCGUCGUCAACAACAUGACAUGGUGCAUGAUCGGAGACGCCUGUCUGCAGGAGGGCGUUGCCAUGGAGGCGAUCCAGCUCGCCGGUCACUGGAAGCUGAACAACCUCGUUGUCAUGUACGACAAUAAUCAAAUCACCUGCGACGGCAGCGUUGACCUCUGCAACACCGAGGACGUCAACACAAAGAUGCGCGCCUGUGGCUGGAACGUCAUUGAGAUUGAGGACGGCAAUUGGGACCUCGAGGCCAUCGUCCGUGCCAUGGACCAGGCUCGCAACAGCAAGGACAAGCCCACCUUCAUCAACAUUCACACCGUCAUUGGAGUUGGCAGCGCCGUUGCUGGUGAUGCCAAGGCUCACGGUGCCGCGUUUGGUGCCGCCGACGUCGCUAACAUUAAGAAGACCUUUGGCAUGGAUCCUGAGAAGCACUUUGUUGUGUCGGACCAGGUCUAUGACUACUUCCGCCAGGCCGUGUCCCGCGGUGAGAAGAUCGAGGCCGAGUGGAACCAGCUCGUUGAGGGAUACUCUCGUGAGCACCCGGAGCUCGCUGCUGAGUUCAAGAAGCGUAUUUCUGGAGAAUGGGUCGACGACUGGCGCAAGUUCAUCCCCGCCAAGGAGGACUUCCCUACGACUCCUACUCCUUCAAGAAAGUCUGCAGGUUUGGUCUGCAACCCCAUCGCUGCUGGUGUGAACAACCUGAUGGUCGGUACUGCGGACUUGUCUCCCUCGGUGAACAUGAUUUGGAAGGGCAAGGUUGAUUUUCAGAAUCCCGACUUGAGAACUUCUUGCGGCAUCAACGGCGACUACUCUGGCCGCUACAUCCACUACGGCAUCCGUGAGCAUGCCAUGGCUUCCAUCUCCAACGGUCUGGCUGCCUUCAACAAGGGCACCAUCCUCCCUGUCACCUCUAGUUUCUUCAUGUUCUACAUCUACGCCGCCCCUGGUGUGCGUAUGGGUGCCCUCCAGCGCCUCCAACAGAUUCACAUCGCGACGCACGACUCGAUCGGAACCGGCGAAGACGGCCCCACCCACCAGCCCAUCGCCCUGCCCGCCCUCUACCGCGCAAUGCCGAACCUCCUCUACAUCCGACCCUGCGACAGCGAAGAGACGGCCGGCGCCUUCAUCCUGGCCAUGGAGGCCAAGGAUGCCCCCACAAUCAUCUCCCUCUCCCGCCAGAACCUCGAGCAAUACCCCAAAUUCUCCUCGCGCGACGGCGUGCAAAAGGGCGCCUACGUCUUCCAGGAGGCCCAGGACGCCGACGUCACCCUCAUCGGCGUCGGCGCGGAAAUGGUCUUCGCCGUCAAGACGGCCAAGCUGCUCGCGGAGAAGCACGGCAUCAAGGCCCGCAUCGUCAGCUUCCCGUGCCAGCGCGUUUUUGACCAGCAGCCGAUUGAGUAUAAGCGCGAGGUGCUGCAGUAUCGCUCCAAGGCUCCGCGUGUCGUAAUUGAGGCCUACGCCGUCAACGGGUGGGAGCGCUACGCCGACGCCGGCUAUUCGAUGAGCACUUUCGGACACUCGCUUCCCGGCCCCGACGCGUACAAGUACUUUGGCUUUGACGAGGCUGUCAUCGCACCCGAGGUCGCCAAGCUCGUCGAGGAGGUUAGAGCAAACGGGGUCAACAGCCUCAGGGGCGAGUUCCGCGACCUUAACCCUGUUCACCACCACUAAGACGUCAUCAUUCAUGAAUCAUCUAUAAAAGCCCCUUUUUAGAUGAGGUGGUUCUAUUG